GGAGAGCCGGGCACGGGUGUCAGAGCUCGUUACUCCAGCUCAAUUAGGUAAUUUUUAGCUGGGUAAUGUGCUAAUCGUUAAACCUUUAUGCUAUUUUUUUUUUUAAAUCCUGUGUGUGUCAGGGCUCUCCGCACAAAAGUGUUUUUUGCUUGUUUCUUCUCGUCGUCUUCAGUCUGAAGCCUUAUGUAGGUCAGGCUUGGCUUAAGCAGAUUUCCUGAACCUGCGUCAGCUUAAGCUGAAGGAAUUUUAAUAAACCCUCCCUUGUAGGCGUGGGCCUAAAUGAGACUAGCCUAGUUAAGCCUGAUCUUUUUCUGUUUGUGAAAAAGAGCUGAGCGGAGCUAGGGACUGCAUGGUGGCUUCAGGAGCUGCUUCCUUAAUUCAAAGAUAACAAUGGUCGGGAAGGCCAGAUCUUCUAAUUUCACCUUAUCCGAAAAGCUCGAUUUGCUAAAACUCGUCAAGCCGUAUGUUCAAAUUCUCGAGGAACAUACCAAUAAGCAUUCUGUAAUAGUGGAAAAAAACAAAUGCUGGGACAUCAUAGCUGAUAACUACAAUGCCAUCGGAGUAGACCGGCCUCCUCGCACUGCCCAGGGCCUGCGCACGCUGUACAAGAGGCUCAAAGAAUAUGCCAAACAGGAGCUAUUGCAGCAAAAGGAGACUUACGCUGACUGUAAAAGCAGCAUUUCCGAGCCAACCAAGAAAGUUGUGGAGAUGAUUCCACAGAUUUCCAAUGUGUGUUUAAGAGACAGGAGCAUUUCACAAAGUGCUGUUGUCAGUAAAGAAACAGUUGCUGGAACGAGUUCACCACAGGCAGUGCUGGAUCCCCCUCCUGCGCCAGUCAUGAUGGAGUUGCAAUUGGAAGAGGAUGUCAAACCUCCCCCCUCUUUGGUUAUAGACACCCAGCAGAGUGAGAACUUAGGCCAAGAGGAAGAUCACCAGUUGGUGCAUGUUAUGGAAAGGUCUCCUUCAACCUCAGUAUCUUCGGUUGACAUGAGAGUGAUGAUGUCUCCUUCUCCCGUUCCAAGAAGAGAUGAGCUUUUUAGGCUUGAGGUUGGAGACCGCUUUAGACCGAUGUGUGGGUACGACCCCCAGAUGUUGCAAAUGCUGAAAGAAGAGCAUCAAAUAAUACUGGAAAAUCAAAGAAGAAUUGGGCUUUAUGUGCAAGAGAAAAGGGAUGGUUUGAAAAGAAAGCAGCAGCUGGAAGAGGAACUGUUGCGAGCAAAAAUCAAAGUAGAGAAGCUGAAGGCAAUACAGCUACGGUGCGGUCUGCCGGAAUACAGCAAUAUCUAAAUAUUUUAUUACUUCUGUCUUUCUUUGAAAUACUUGAUGAUAAAUGCUUCUGCCCUAGCAAGGUUCUUACGUUAAAGAAGAAUCAUUUCUUCUGUCAAAAUCUGGUCUUGAGAGAUGAAAUCGUAUUUUCCGUUUUGUUGUUUCUGUACCUUAAUGAAAUUGUCUUGUAUUAGGUUUGAAUCUGCUGACUCUUUCAAAGUAUAGUCAAAUCCUGUAGCUCUAAGUGUUUAGGAUGAUAAAAAUGCCCAUAUUUUGAGUAUUUUCACUUAUCUCUAGUGGAGUUAUAAUGAGCUAAUGGAAAUUUAGUCCAGCUCUUAAAAAUUCUGAGCAUUUGCAUAAUUAUUUCAAAGAAAUACCUAUCCUCUAAUGAUCUUCAUGAAGUCACAGGUUGUUAAAUGCAUAUAAAAAAAGUGGUGUUAGAGGUUAUGUUUAAAUAUCUUUCUCAUUCAUUUCAAGUUGCAAAGUCUUAUGACAGUGGUGAGAUUUUGCCGAUAUAUCAGCUUGGAAAAAAUCGACCGGAUUGUUAUAUUUUUUUAAUGUUCCAUAGACAGGUGAGCACAACUGUACAUCUCCAAAAAAGUUAACACUCCUUUUAUUGUUUUCAGUGGAUGAGUGUUUCCAUAGGACGUUAUCGCCGUAGAUACGAUGAAYGCAACACUUGAAGUUUUUGGAACUGCAUGCGUGCCCAAUUUGUGUGUGUCUAGUGACCAGGAGCGUAUAUUCAGUUAUAGUGACUACCCUGGGCAGCAACCCCAGGRAUGUCUAAGUGCUCCUUUGCAUGCGUAGCUGCUACAGUGCAUGUGCAACCAUGGCUGUUGCA